CACAGCAGGCAGUUUGAAUUUCCACCCAGGCCCUUCGCGACAGACCCACAGCUGUAGUCAGCAGUAAACCAGGAGGGAAAACGUAGGUCAAUGGAUUCACUACAGCCCGCUCUGCGUGGGCAGGAGCGUGGAUCCGUGUUUAACGUUUAAACCAACCGGGACACUAAAUGUCAUUGUGUUCACAGUUCGCUGUGGUCAUGCGUGUGGGUUUGGUUUGCUCCUCUGUAGGCUGGCGGAUAAUGUAACGGGCUGAAGGCGUUUUUGGAUGCUGCGGGGUGCGCGCUGCGGAUUCACAUCCAGAUGAUCCUCCAUUCAUUUUCCCGUUUUUUGGCUCUAACGAGCGCCGUGCCGUUUCGAUCCCGCACCCAGCUGAUCAGAUGAUUCUCAGCUCUGUUCACAGUGUCAAGCCUCUCCUGAGGAAGAACCGAUUCUUUCUUCCUGCCAUCCAGCAGCCAUGGACUCCCUCCCAGAGUAUUCUCUGUUCCUGGUUCGGAUCCUGGAAGAGUUGGACACCAAGCACACCACCAUGUCCUACCAGGACCUGUGCAAGUCUCUGUGUGCUCGCUUUGACUUAGUGCACUUGGCCAAGCUCCGCAGCCUGCUCUUCCACACAGCCUGCCUGGACCCUGCCUUCCCAGCCACCCUCUUCAAGGACAAGAUGCGCUGUUCCACUGAGGACCCGCUGUCCAAAAAGCUCAUGGUUGCAGCGGACAUUGUCACCAUGUUCAAUUUGAUCCACAUGAAUGGAGGAAUAGCCAAAGAUAAGCUUCCUAUAGUUCAAAGAGCCACGUUUCACAAGAGUCAGUCAGUGGAGUUCUGCAGGUCUGACAGUGAUCACCUUAAGUAUCAGGACUGUGACAGGGGGAUCGGUUAUGAGCACAUGGAUCACCCCAGGGAAGGGCGCCAUCAUCACCACUCUCAGCAGCAUCCUGUGGCUCAGAACGCCCCUCCCUGUGCUAAUUCCUCUGAUUGCAACAGCCGGCAGCGCUUUCUUGUCUCCUCAGGACCAAACUUCCUCCUGGGCAUGAGGAAAGACAUGAAAUGUAGAGCAGGCUCUCUGGACAAGCUGCAUCAUCUGCCUCAGUACUCUAGCAGCAGUCCACCAUCACCACCUUGUGAAAUGCAGAGCACCUACUUUCCUAUGGACAUAGACACUGAGUCCACCACUGACCAGGAGUCCCUGCAGAACAUGGGACAUCCAGAGCCCUUCUCUCUUCACACUUGCAUCCAGAAGAGAAACGAUUUUAAGAAGGAUUUUCACAAUUUUGUGGCUUUUUCACCACAGGUCAUCACCAGUGAGGGCAAACAGGGCAGUAAGGCUGCUGAAGGUUACCACAAUAGGGAGUUACGUAAGCCUGCUACCUUCUUCAACCGUAGCUUCGAACUGCCCUACAGUAACCCCUACUUUGAACCGCCACUUAACUCCCCCCUACAGGACAGACGGAGGGUGAAGCACGAGAGCCUGGAUGACUUACAGGUGUCAACUUAUUUUGGUCCAACCACCGUCUCUGAGUGUGUUAGUAGCAAGAAGCACAUUAACAAAGCAGGGAAACAGCCAGUAUGGCCCAUGAAGAGCCUCAGUCUCAACGCAGAAGAGGGCCCUCCUGUUUCAGAAAGGAUUUUUCAAAGCAGCAGACCACUCAAAGAAAACCAUCAGUGUAACAUUAUUACCACUGAGAGUGAGCAAUAUUUUCACACCCCGAUGCAAAAGGUAUCAGCGUCACCUGGCUUUGCAAAGAAAAGUACUGAAAUAAAACCCAAGGAUAUAUCACUGAUGGGUAGGGGACCCGGAGGUCUGGACAAUGGAGACGUAGCCAAAAGGUUUGGGGACAAAAAUACGAAGAAUGCAUCCUUUCAAGAAGGGGAAAGCGCCUCUAGUGUUGGAACACAAACUGAGCGGAUUGAACAGAAGCUGAAAGAAUACCAAUCUAAGUAUAACGACAGCGAAAGGCACGGUUUGAAACGCUCAGUUGAGGAGUGUGAGGUCAUUAGUGAUGACAUAAGUGAUAUUUUUCGUUUUCUGGAUGAUAUGAGUGUUUGUGACUCUCUGGGUGUUGUUCAGUCAUCAUGUUACAAUAGUAAUGGGUCUCUGUCUCAGGUAAAGUCAGAAGGUGACAGCUCCCCUGAAUGCAACACAGUCAAAUUAGCCAAGUCUAAGGUAGACCGCCUGUUCCAUUCACUUGAAAACACUGAUGAUGAGCUCAAGACAAGUGUGUGUAAGCUUGUGAGGAGAAUUGGUGAGAUUGAGAAGAAGUUGGAGUCUUUGUCAGGGGUUCGCAGUGAAAUAUCCCAGGUACUUUCCAAGCUCAACAAACUGGAUGAAAAGAUCCAGGAGCCUGAGGCCAAUGGGAGGCACGGGGAGAAAGCAUCAUCAUCAUCAUCCAGGUCCAAUGCCACACCGACAAAGGCUCAACCCUACCCACAUCCACAUUUCAACAGUACUGCUCUUUCACCCCAUGUUUACCAGUGCAACACCACUGGUCACAAUGUGAAAACAGACAAUGGAUAUGUCGGAGAGUGGUGUUGCUCAGAUGGGAGUAAUAGCAACACUCUUGGGAUUAAGGCUGUGAAGAAAGGCAUGCUAUUCAGAAGGUCUUCCUGUUCACUCAACGAGGAGCCCAUGGCUACCGAGUCGAAGGUUGCUAGCAUAACCAACUCUCUACAGGACCGGGGGACUGUGUCCUACUCCUGUCACCCUGAGGACAGAGACAAGGAUAGGCAUCGGAAGGUUAAAGAGACAGAUCGAAAGCGUCAAUAUGAGCUCCCCCAAGUGCAACGACUCCAAAAACAAUCAAAGGAUUCCUACCUGACUGAGCAGGUUUUUUCACCGCAUCACUUCAACCCUUCUGUCAAGGCCCAUAUGAAAGACAGCUCUCUGUACGCUGAUGUAAGGCUCACCAGUCCAUCAGCUGGGAUACGUGGCCAGCCAUCCUGGACCAUUGAGGAAUACAAACGCAAUUCAGGAAAGAAGGAAAAGCAGCUCACUGCUCUUGACCUGCAGACCCAGGAGUCGUUAAACCCCAAUAAUCUGGAGUACUGGAUGGAGGACAUCUACACCCCAGGCUAUGACUCGUUGCUCAAGAGGAAAGAGGCAGAAUUUAGGAGGGCCAAGGCGUGUAAGAUUGGAGCACUGAUUGCAGCUGCUACUUGCACUGUGAUCCUGGUUAUUGUUGUUCCAAUUUGCACCAUGAAAUCAUGAAUAAAUGAGAAAGGUGGUAGCCAUGCACAAUGGAUGUUAUACUUCUACCUGUAGGUGUUUUCUUUUUGUGGACCAGUAAGUGCAAAGCAAACUGAGUGACAGCAUGAGAAUGUACGACUUUACAUUGUUUUUUUUGUUUUUAUGGUGUUUACAUCUGGGAGUAUUGCCAAUGUAGAAAUAUUAAGGUUAUAAAAUCAGCAAGUGCAUAAUAUCUAUCUAUCUAUCUAU